AAAUGUAUGUAUAUGUGAUGCAUUAUGAUUGAUUGAUCAGUGAUUGUGAGAGGAGGAAAACGGUCCCUGUCACGUGACUCUGUCUCCCUGCUAACAACAUGGCUGCCGAGGAUCUGCCGUCUGAAUUUGACGUCGUCAUUCUGGGCACAGGUCUUGCUGAGUCGGUGGUGGCAGCCGCCUUCUCCAGAGUGGGACAGAGAGUUCUUCACGUCGACAGGAGGAGUUAUUACGCAGCCAACUGGGCCAGCUUCACCUUCACCGGCCUGCUCACCUGGAUACAACAGCACCAUGAGGAGUCUCAGCCAGAGGAGGUUCAGGAUUGGUCGAGCCUUUUGGAGGAAGGGGAGGAGCUGAUCUACCUGUCAAACGCAGACUCCGCCUCCAUCAGUAACGUGCAGGUGUUCUGCUUCACCAGCGAGGAAGAUGAGGAGGAGGAAGCUCAGAGCGCCGAUCCUCCAAACACCACAGAAGAAGAAGCAGCGGGAGCUGAUGAAGACGCUGCGAAAGAGACUUCGGAGACAGAAUCUGCAGAUUCAAAAGAAGAAGAAGCGAAGGCGAGAGCGGAGCAGACGGCAGACGGAGAGGCGGGGCGGCAGGCCUCCCAGACAGAGGGGGAGGAGCCAGAGGCAGAUCAGCCAACCCCCUCUGCUGCUCAGAGCCAAUCAGAGCCGACCAAGAAGAAGAUCAGCUACGCUCAGCUGGUGAAGGAGGGACGCCGGUUCAACGUCGACCUGGUCUCCAAGCUCAUGUAUUCUCGCGGCUCAUUGGUCGAUCUGCUCAUCAAAUCAAACGUCAGUCGCUAUGCAGAGUUCAAGAACGUCACCAGGAUUCUCACCUAUCGUCACGGAAAGGUGGAACAGGUGCCCUGCAGCAGAGCGGAUGUGUUUGCAAGUCGUCAGCUGUCUGUCGUAGAAAAGAGGAAGUUGAUGCGUUUCCUCACUUCCUGUGUGGAGGAGACGGAGGAGCAGCUGGCCUACAGCGGUCGGCCAUAUUUGGAGUUCCUGUGCGACCAGCAGCUUGGUGACAACCUGCAGCACUUCCUGCUUCACUCCAUUGCCAUGGUAACAGAAGACACGCCCACAGAGGAGGGCCUCGCCUCCACGCGUCACUUUCUGCGCUGCCUGGGUCGCUACGGCAACACGCCCUUCCUGUUUCCUGUCUACGGCCUCGGAGAGAUACCCCAGUGCUUCUGUAGGAUGUGUGCUGUGUUUGGAGGACUGUCUGAGAACUCUCACUUCCUGUGGUACCUACAGUGCAGAGACAAACCAACACUAACUGACCCAGACUGGGACAGACCCCAGACCCGGUCCAGACUGGGACAGACCCCAGACCCGGUCCAGACUGGGACAAAUUCAUUAGUUAGUCUAAUCAGUGACAUCAUGUCUCCUCCCCCUUCAUUCAGGUGUAAGGCGGUGAUUGACAGCCGAGGACAGCGAAUCACCUGCAGCCAUUUUGUGGUGGAGGACAGCUACGUCGGGGCGGACCGGAAGAGGGUGGCCACACCCACCAGGUUUCUCUCCAGAGCUGUUUUGAUAACUGACGGCUCCAUUCUGCCCAGUAACUCAGACCAGCAGGUCUCCAUGGUAACGGUUCCUCCAGUAGCAGCAGGAUGUCCGGCGGUGAAGAUGGUGGAGCUGUGUCCGUCCACGAUGACCUGCAUGCCGGGAACAUAUUUGGUCCACCUCACCUGUCAGUCAGUCGGCUCCGCCUACGAGGACCUGUCGCCGGUGGUUACCAGGAUGUUCCGCACGCCAGAGUCACGUGACCAAGAGGACUGUCCGUCUGUCCUCUGGUGUCUGUACUUCAACAUGGCCGACGGUUCGGGGCUGGAGGUCGAAGGUCACGACCUCCCGUCUAACGUGUACAUGUGCUCUGGACCGGAUGGAGGUCUGGGACACGAACACGCCAUCAGACAGGCCGAGUCCAUCUUCCAGAAGGUUCUUCCUGAGGAGGACUUCUGUCCUCCUGCUCCGAACCCCGAAGACAUCAUCUACGACGGAGACAACACCUCGUCCUCCGCAGCAGAGGAGGAGAAACAGGAGGAGCAGGAUGGAGCAGCAGAGGAGGAGAAACAGGAGGAUGGAGCAGCAGAGGAGAAGCAGGAUGGAGCAGCAGAGGAGGAGAGCCGCCGGUCAGGCUCAGCGUGUCGCUGCCUCCUGCUGGCCGACAGCCCGAACUGCACCUGCGGCAGUGUUACUUCCAGAAAGUCCUCUUUCCAGACUGACGACAGAUCAGCUGAGCGUCAAAAUCUGCAGGAACGCCGACUCAUCCGAUGCAAGGCCACGUGGAUGAACCAGAACCAGAACCAGAACCAGAACCCCGCUGGACUGGAUCCUCGUCUCUACAGAAAGUGA